GUGAGUCCUGCAGUCGGGAUCCCACCGCGUUCACCAGCACAGGUCCCAUGGCGCUGGGCUGGGCCGUGCUGGUGCUGCUGGUGCAGAGCCCCCUGCGGGUGUGUGGGGCUGAGCUUCUGGAACCGGGGCUGCCCCAGGGAGGGCAGUGGGUCUGGGGAGUGGCCAAGCCCCUGCCCCUCUCCCGUGGGAAGAGGGAUGACAGUGGGCAGCAGCCCGGGGGCACCGCGAUGAUCAGCAGUGACAAGAGCGAGGGUGUUUCUGUGCCACCACCAGCACCCGGCACCAAGGCCAGCCUGCUCCAGGUGCCAACCGCAGCCAAUCCCAUGGAUGAUUCCCCUGAGCCUGAGCUGCUCCUGAGCUCUGCAGAAACAGUGCCCAGCACCAACACCAGCCUGCUCCGAGUGCUUGCAGUGCCCACCACAUCCGAGCCUAUGGAUGAGACAGAUUCCCCUGAACCCGACUUAUUGGAGGACUCUGUGGCGCCAGCAGUGCCCAGCACCAGCACCACCCUGCUCUGGGUGCCUGUAGCGUCCACCACAGCUGAUCCCAUGGAUGAGACAGAUCCCCCUCAUCCCGACCUGCUCCUGAGCUCUGCCCCACCACCAACGCCCAGCACCAAGGCCAGCUGGGCACUCGUGGUGUCAACCACAGCUGAUUCCAUGGAUGAGACAGAUACCCCUGAUCCCGAUCUGCUGCCAGGCUCAGAGCCUGGCACACUGUCAGCACCCCAAAAGAGCAUUGCCGCCACCACCACCCCCAGCUGGCUCAUGUCACCCAUCGAGGAGGACACAGUGACUGAUGGCCUGGACAGCAGCUCCUCCACGGGGCCACACUCAGCUGCCUCCCCAGCCUUUGUCCUCACCACCACGGGCUACAAGAAACCCAAGAAAUCCGGAGCUCUGCCUGCACAGACCCUCCCGGCCCCUCGGGACACGACGCCGAGGGACACCGCGGUGCCCUGGGAACCCAACGGGGUGAUGAGCAAGUGCCUGCUGGCCAUCCUGCUGCUGGGGCUGGUGGCCGCCACUUUCGUGGUGUGCACGGGAGUGCUGGGGUCGCUGUUGUGGCGGCGGGCGCGGACGGGGCAGCGCCGGUUCAGCCGCACCGAGAUGGUUUGUAUCUCCUCGCUCCUGCCCGACGCCGAGGCGGCCGCCGGUCCCCGACCUGUCCCGGCCCGGCGGCACAAGUUGCUGCUGCCCGACGGCAGCUCUGAGCCCGAUGGAGACAACCUGACUCUCAGCAGCUUCCUACCGGAGCACUGAGCCCCAGGGAUGGCUCCUGCAUCCCGCAGCGCUGCGGGGCCGCGUGCCCCGUCGCCGGUGGAGCCGCGGGCAGAGGAUUUCCUGUCCACCGGUGUUUUAGCUUGGACUAGUGUGACGGAGCUACUCCCCCGUGGCCAGAUCAGUCCUUGAGGCUCAUCCCAUUAAAGAGUUACCUGGACAUGGUGGUCUCUUCCUGGCAGGGCCGGCACCCUUCCCGCCCCGCCGCCUGCCCACAUCCUGCUGCCAAAAUUUCGCUUCUCCAUCCUCCCCCUCGAGCCUCUGGCGGAGCAGAAACGAAACCCGCGGCCACCCCUCGCCAGGCAGGGACCAGAUCCCGGGACCUUGGGGACGGGACCGCAGCCCCCGGGACCUCCUCCCAGCGUGGGAGCUGGAAGGGCGGGGGGGACGGGGCGGAAACUCCGGGGGAGGGGGACAGGGACAGGGACAGGACGGGCGCGCUCGUGUCACAACGUGUUCCUGCCUGCGGUCGCUGCUGCGAGGCGGGGACGCCUCCGGAGCCGCCGCUGCCUGUCAGGUGCUCGGCCCCGGGGGCGAACGGUGGCCGCAGGGUCUCGGCAUCGUCCGGCAGCGCUGGCCCCAGCUGGGACUGGGAGGGAUGGGGAGAGCAAACCCACGAGAGGCCAGCGAAGGUCUCACCAUUUCACCCGCUCAGGCAGGUGUCAGUCACUCCUCGGGCCACUAGCUGAUCCCUUCCUUGGGGGGGUGGAAAUAGCUCAGGACUGGCCCUGUCCUGCCAGGCUCAAUGUCCCCAUUUUUCCAUUUUACUUCACCCAGGUUCCAUAUCCCCACAUCCCCAUCCCUGCUGUGACCAGGUUCACCGUCCCCAUCUCUCCAUCCCUGCCCUGCCAGAUUCAGCAUCCCCAUUCCCACAUCCCCGUAUCCCCUUCCCCACAUCCCCAAGCUUGCAGCUUCCUCCAAGGCCACUCCGGACUGUCUGUCCAAGGGGAACUGCCAGCGUGAUCAUUCACCUGCAUCCCAGACCUGCUGCCUGUUUACAUUCACACUGUGCUUGGGGUAUUUUCCAUCUGGAUCCUGGCAGCUGCAUGGCCCUGCUCUGGCUGUGAAUGUAAAUGUUUAUUGGUGAGUCAGCCAGCCCAGGGGAUCCACAGCCGGUGGCAGUGGCCAGUCCCCACACAGAACACCGUGGCUGUAGGCUCCUUGCUGAUGCCACUCUGCUCUGUCCCACUGUGUCCCCACACCAGCACCGUGCCAGCCAAAGCAGCCACGGGGGAAGAGGGAUGCUCCCAUCCUCUGGCUUCAUCCUUAUCCAUCCUCUGCCCCCAGUGAGGAUGAGGCUGGUGUGGCCCAAGGAAUUGGAUGGGUGCAGAUCUAAGGGACUGCUCCCCUGUGCCAGCUGCUCUCCAGCAGGAGCCCAGCAAGGAUAAACUUUCCUCCACUGCAGGAGUGGGAGCGGGAGCUGGGGGCCGGGAAUUGCCCUAUUUGGCGCAGUCAGCAGGUCCUGUCUGGCUGCCAUUGCCCACCUCACAGCACAGGAAUUCACGGGAAGCCUGUGCGGUGUCACAGCAGGAUCCUCGGGAUCCCCCCAGACAGCAGGAGGGCAGCAUGGGGUGGGGUGGCACUGGGCUGUGGUGGGUGACGCGAGGCCAGGGGUGGCACAGUCCCGCGCACGACGCUGCACAUGGAGCUCCACACGCCUCGUGCAGCUCUGCAGGAUGGGUUCCCUCCGGCUAUUUUGCUGGCACAGCAAAGCGCAGCCCAGGGAAGCAAAUUAGAAGCAGAGCAAGGCUGAAAUACCCCAAAUUACCGGUUCCCUGGACGGGCUGUGCCGCCCAGC